GCUCUUCUACAUUAUUUUGUUGUGACAACAAACGAACAAAGCGAAAAUUGCGUAGCAUAAAAACGUAAUUUCUCUGCGCGCUGUGCUCGGUAUUUCUUCCAAAACAGGUGUAAAAUAACUAACGAACUUUAACAGCAGCAGCUAACACUAACCACCGGCACAAAGAUGACGAAAGUGGAAAUUCCGCUCAAAACCAAAGCCGAAGCAUCGGAAGGCUUCAUUCAAAACGAAAAGGACGUUGAGGUGCGUGUGCGGGCGCCGAAAAAGGUAUUGCAUUUUAGCGAUGGCACACUGGAAGAGUACAGCGAUGACGAGGAGGACCAAGUGGACCGUGCGGAACCCGCGCCAGUGGAUGAGUCCCAGCUGAACUGGAGCGAGUGGAUGCGGUACAAAACGUGCAAGCUGGGCAAUACCGUGCUGGCGGGAUGCGAUUACGUCGGCGAAGGGCUUGCCUCGUUUCUGGGCAUUACGACCCCCAAGUACAGCUACGAGAUUGAGGAAUUUAAACGAAUGCAGGCGGAGCAGCAGGCCGAAGAUCGUGCUAUUCAAUCGUUCGUGGAACAAAAUCGACCCCAGAACUCGAACCACAGCGUGUCACAGGAGCAACCUUCAGCGGCAAAUGCAAACAACGACAGGAGUGAAGUUAGUGUGGAGAAUGAAAUUCAAAAGUUUUGAAGCUUUUCUUUGACACACAUAUUGAUACCGAUACCCGUCGCGGUACUUUCCCGAGAGCAAUAACACUCGGUGCAAUAACGGCGAGUGGUGUGAAUGUAUGUAUUACAGGGUUUCACACUUUAUCUCAAGACCGCGGGACCCCUUCCUGAAUCUAUCUUACCCGUAACACUUGUAACGGGUCCCGCGGUCUUGAGAUAAAGUGUGAAACCCUGUUAAGAAAACGAAAACGUAAGUUUAAUAAUUUAAAAACGAUUGAGUUAAUCACAAGGCAACGAAGGCACAAAUCGGAUGUACGGAGGGAAACACGCAUUUGAGGGCAGUGUACUUAAGUAAUAGGAUGUUUUAAUGCUUUAAAGAACGAAAUAUUUAAAAGGGACGCGUAAGGUAAGAAAUUAAAUUGAUUGCAUAAAAGAUCUCUAGCGUAUGUAGUGGGGUUGGACCAAUAAUUACACUGCUAUGACGAUGUAAUUACGGUUUCGGAACGCAACACUUGAGUGUAGCAGGAUUUGUCAUUUAUAAAAUAUUUAAAUUCACCUAGUCUUACUUAUAAACGAAAAGGAUUACUAUUUUGGCAUUGUGUACAAACAUCACAUCGAAUACAGUAGAGAAAUAAAUCAGGAUAACCUUA